ACAUGACAUAGUCUGGAUCGAAAAAUGGCAAGAAUCCUUCAAAGUUCUGCUGUAAUUUUGGCAGUUUUGCUGCCUUUAGUGACUGGUCUUGGCUUAUUUAAGCACGGAAGACCAAAACAUGGAAUGCUUGGAGCACCACUGGCAAAGGAGAAGUACAAUCUUCCACCUGAUAUGUGGUUUAAACAAAAGUUGGACCAUUUCAAUGAUGCCGAUCUCCGAACAUGGAAUCAGCGCUUCUUCCUCAAUGGCACAUUCUACACCCCUGGAGGACCUGUGUUCCUGAUGAUUGGAGGGGAGGGCGAGGCAAACCCUGUCUGGAUGGUGGAAGGGGCAUGGAUGGAGUACGCCAAGGAGAUGAAGGCAUUCUGUAUCAUGGUGGAACAUCGCUUCUAUGGCAAGAGCCAUCCUACAGAGAACAUGAGCGUAGAUAACUUGCAAUACCUGAGCAGUGAACAGGCCUUAGCUGACCUGGCUCACUUUCGGACGGUCAUAGGUCAACAGUUAAAAUUCGACACCAAUAAAUGGAUCUCAUUUGGAGGAUCGUACCCAGGUUCCUUGUCAGCCUGGUUCAGACUAAAGUACCCUCAUCUAGUGGUCGGGGCCAUUGCAACCAGUGCACCCGUUCAGGCUCAACUUGAUUUCCCAGAGUAUUUGACCGUGGUGCGUGACUCCCUAGCAACCAGUCGAGUGGGGUCAAAGUGCAAUGAUGCUAUCCAGGCUGCUACACAUGACAUUGAGAGUCUCAUGAUGCACAUGACGGGAUGGGAGGCCCUCGCUAAAAUCUUCAAUCUCUGCAGUCCUCUGAAUGGCACAAGUAUGAAUGAUGUAGCAAACUUCUAUGAAACUCUGGCUGGAAACUUCAUGGAGACUGUACAGUAUAACAAGGACAAUAAAGCUUUUGAGGGUGGAAGUAACAACAUCACCAUCGACACACUGUGUGACAUCAUGGCUAAUGAUUCAAUAGGCACGGAGCUUUCACGUUACGCCGCUGUGAGUGCGCUGUUGAGCGAUGGAGAAUGCGUCGAUGCGUCGUACGAUAAGAUGAUUGCUGACCUGAGGGAGACCUCCUGGAAGAGCGAGGCUAGCGCAGGAGGUAGGCAGUGGACUUAUCAGACAUGUACAGAGUUUGGGUUCUAUCAAACGACAGAUACUGAUCACCAGCCGUUUGGACGACACUUUCCUCUCAGUCUCUCCAUUCAGAUGUGUGAGGAUAUCUACGGCAAGCAGUUCAACAAGACGACCAACCAAGCCGGCGUAAACUUCACUAAUACAAACUACGGUGGAAGGGACAUUGUAGCGUUCAACAUUGUUUUCCCCAAUGGAUCCAUUGACCCUUGGCAUGCCUUGGGGAUCACCAAGUCUACUGACAUGUACACAGCAAUCUUUAUAAAAGGGACUGCUCACUGUGCCAAUAUGUACCCUGCAUCGCCGGAUGAUCCAGCUGAGCUCACUCAGGCUAGGACCCAAAUCAGAGAUACCAUACAGAAGUGGCUCUCACAAUAGCAUCCAAUCAUCCAGGGUGCAGCUGCUGCUGUGGCUUAGGCCCAUUUCUUCCAUAUUAUGUACUGAUCAUGCACUGAGAGGGGAUAGGAAAGCAGCGACUGUACCAAAUGUUUUACAUUACCGAUAAGAAUGGGUUUACCAAUUAUAAUUGGAUUAAUGAACAUGUAAUGUGAUAAAUCUAAGAAUUGAUGAGGUUGGAAUUAUUCCUACUGAAAUUUGGUGUGUGUGAGGCUGAGAUUGUGGUACUAUUGGAGGGACUAAAUUAUUUAAAAAUAGAGGUUGGAGUGUGUUAUAAAAUCCAACAUUAUACCAAGAUAAUUAAUGAAAUGAAAUACAUAUGAAUGUGAUCCAUGAAAUACGCAUCUUGUCUUGAAAUAUCACAUCAAAACAUACACUUUCGGAUGGGUAUUUUCAAUCACGCAAGAUCAUUAUGUUUUAAUGGGAUUUCAUUAGUAAGAAAUAUUGGUUUAUGUUAUGUUUUUGCAUGAGCAGUAAAGUCUCAUCAAUGCAAAAUUACACAUCUAUUUCCUUACUGUACAUCGCAUUAAUUACGGGAAGUAUAGUUCAAUGUACUUCUUUGCUUCCCGUUCAUCGUAUAUUUCUGGAUUUAAUAUGUUCAUGUAAAUAUGAUGCAAGUUGCUCAUGAAGUACUUAAUAUUUCAUUUUCAUGUUUUUGUGAAAUGAUAAUCAAAGUUUGUAGUAUCAGUCAUGCGUAAUGUACUUUGAUUGUUGUAAUACCGGGUAAUUUUAUAUACUGACAGUGUACAACGACCACAUACCACUUUAGGAUCUUAUUAAAGCCAUGAACUGUACAGAAUCACCAUUAUAGCCCAAUUUUUUACCUAUAUGUUCCACAAAGCCUGAAAAUCUUGGUUCCGGUAUGUGCAAUUUUGCCCUGCAAUUCAGAUCAAUCUAAGCAGUAAGAAAGAAAACUAAACAUGCCCACUCUAUAGGUCCAGAUAAUUAUCGAGGUAGACUCCCCCUUUUAUACAGUACUCAGUGAUGUUUGUUCUCUUUUGAUAUAUCUAGCAAAAAUAUUUUUAAAGGUAUAUUUUAGCAUUAUACAUGUAUACUCCUUGUGUGUACUUAUAUGACAUUAGAGGUUUGAAACUAUAUGCACAUGUGCAUAAUUUGACUGUUACAUGUAUACUUUCAUGUUCUAUUCUGGAAAAGAGCAGCAAAGCUGUUAUUCCAAAGUUGUGAAGCGAGUAUGAUGAUCAUCUUGUUGCCUUUAUGCAUCUUUAUUGUAACUGUCUUUAUUAUUGUGAUUUAAUAUGUGUUAAAGGGAAAGUCCACCCCCAAAAUAAGUUUGUUUGGAUAGAGGCA